AUGGCGUACCUUCCCACUCCUAUUGUUUGCAACAUUUUCCGCCGGCUGGGUAAAGACGGUUUCCGCUACCUUGGUCCGGUUAUCGCUGCAGGACCAGGCUACACUGAGCUAGUUUACACGGCUGAGGUUUUGGAGAAUGAUAUCUCUGAUGAGUUAAGUUGUAACUCAAUUAACAAUUGCUCAAAUGAAAGAGGAUUUCCGAAAUAUUGUGUGUGUGGCAGUAAUGUAUAUCUUUUCACAUCUCAAUCAAAACUGAAUCCCGGUCGGCCUAAUUUCCGAUGUGCUGCUUCGAGAGCUGAUGGUCAUUUGUUUAAGUGGGUGGAAGAAGGAAUGUAUGAAGAGGUUCAAGACUUAUUGCAGAGAGAAUCGGAGAUUGUGUAUAUGAGGAUCGUAGGUGAUGAGGUAAAAGAGAUGGUCGGUAAUCUGAAAGAAGAGAUGGGUUGGUGCAAAAAGGAAUUACACAAAGCGAAGAUCAAGAACAAGAUCAGUCUUGUUUGUGUUUUUGCUCUGGUUGUGUUUGUAAUUUACUACAUUGUGAUUCAGAAGGGAAGUAACCAAAUUGUUUUUGGUUUCUAA